AUGGGAAAACUUUCUAAAAAGAAUAAAGCAAAUGAAGAUGAAGAAGCCACACCUACAUUUGGCGACGUCGUAAACGUUCAUAAGAAACUUACUUUGUUAAACAAUUUAGAAAAAAACAUGCCUAUUUCAACAAAUAAUUUUGAAUUAUUUUAUGGACUUAAGAGUGAAAAUGCCAAUCAUUGGAUUCUUCAAUUUGAAAUAAAUUAG